AUGGCGAAUCAGAUUCUUGAGAUCAACCUGAUAUCCGCCCAGGGUUUGAAGGCGCCGCCCUCUAACUUACGCAAGAUGCAAACCUACGCCCUAACCUGGGUCAACCCGGCCGCCAAGCUCCGCACCCGAGUCGACUCGCUCGGCGGCGAAAACCCUACCUGGAACGACAAGUUCCUCUUCCGCGUCUCCGACGAAUUCGUCUCGGGCGACACCUCCGCCGUCUCCGUCGAGAUCUUCGCCGUCGGCUACAUCAAGGAUUUCCUCAUCGGCACCGUGCGAUUCCUCAUCGGCACGUGCCUGGCCGCGCCGCGCGCCCGCGAUCCGGAGAGCCCGACCGGAACCCCGGCCUUCACCGCCGUGCAGAUCCGCCGCCCCUCCGGCAGAUUCCUCGGCGUCCUCAACAUCGCCGCCGCGGUCUACUGCUCCUCCGAUUAUCCGAUCCUGGAGAAGGUCCCCGCCGUCAGCUUCCGGGAAUUGAUGGAGAGGAAGGCGCGGGAGUCGCGCAGGCAGCGGCGCCUGAGCCUGAGCCUGAGCCUCAGCCGCAGCGAUUCGAGGCGGAGCCACCAGUCCUCCGGCGGGGACUCGUGCGAUCUGUCCGACGCCGACGCCGACGCCGACUCCACGACGUCGUCGUCCUCGUCGGCCGCCUCCACGGCGUUGAAGGACUGGAACUGCGUCCGAGAAUUGGCGGGAAAGAUGAAGGGGGCGAAAUCCAACGGCGGGGGAUUGCUCUGCGGCCUGAUGGUGGCGAGGAAGAUCCCAUCCUGUCCGUCCAAUCAGAAUCUUGACACGUGGCCGGAUAAUUCCGAAGGGAGCCGCUGA